AUUUCAUGCCGAUAACUAUAAGAUUCAUUUCAUAUCAUUCACAACAUAACAUUAUGUAAUUUUAGAUCAAUUAAUCAAAUAUCACCCAAAAAAAGACAACAUUAUCAGUGCAAUUCAUAUCCAUAAUGGGUAUUCGGUUGUGCGAAUAAAUAAAUUGAGAAAAAAAUUUAAUUAAUUAGAAAAUUAUCAAGUGGUUUUAAGUAUGUAGUCUCUUAAUGCCCGUCGUUAAGUUGAUUUAUUUAAUGUUUUUGUGAUGUGCUCAAGAAAAUGUUACAGAAUCUCUGAUAGGAAAAACUAAAUGAAUGAAAGAAGAGGAAGAAAACAAAAACUUGCUUUCACUCAGGCCACUAAAAUGAAAUCCUAAGUUAUUUCGUUUAUUAUAAAUGUUUGUUCAAGAACUAUUCGUCAGUGUCGCUUUUGAAAUGUAAUAAUGAUAGAAAAAUAUUUGUGUUAUUUUAUUGCAAAAGUAUGAAAAAAGGCAGAGAUUUUCGGAAAAUAAUGUAACAUUAAACGUAGAUCAUAAAUAAAAUUAUAAAAUCUCAACGAGCGAAAGAAAAAAAUGUUGUUUCGUUAUGCCUAAAUACUUCCGACUAACUGUUGAUAAUAUAUAAAAUUUGAGACUUUCAACGUUAUAAAAAAAGUCGGUUUUUUCUCUAAAUUAAAUGACCAGAUUGCAAUAACAAUUUAACAUAAUGUUCACAUGUCUCUGGCAAUUAUGGGAUUGGUUGGAUCCACCUCCCAUUUUUACCACAGCUACAAUGGAAAGCAAAAAGCUUCAACAAAUGCAACAGGCAAACACCCAUUUAAUUCCUCAGCCCAUGCCACAAAUCAAAGCUCCACUGUUCCAUCAAGUCACUGGUGACUACGGUCCCCACUCACCAGUUUUCCAGAAUGUGCCGCAAUACAAUAGUGUCACUUCGAAUUUCGCACAAAUUGAACGAACUGGUCACCAUCAGCCCAGACAUCACUCGUCACAACAUCACCUGGCCCCAUCGUCGAAUAAUCAUUUACACAUUAAGCCAUUGCAAAAUAGUCAUUCAUCCAUGUUGAGCAGUUACACAGCACACCGACAGACUCAGCCAACCGGCCAAAGUUUGUACGGCACAGACUCAGUGUAUCAAAAUAACAGAGAUCGACAUUACCAGCAAAGUGCGCUACGAACUCAGCCAACAUCACAGCACAAUCACAGCCAUCCAAUGAAUAAAUUCCAAAGUGAAUAUCAGCAACUACAACAAGCAAAAAUUCAACAACAAAUCCAAACUCAAAACGAAGCAUUGAUACAACAACAGAGAACGUUUGCCAUUCGUCAGCAAUUGAACCCGCCGAUUCCUCAAUCCCACAUGCACAAUCUGCAAAGUUCACAAAAUUUACGUAGCAUUCCACCAUCAACGCUAAAUUUAACCACACAAUUCCAACCAGCUUCGGGACCAUCAGACUCAAACAACGAUGAAAAAAUUUACGGUGCACAACGAAACUAUAACCAAACAUCACCAAACAGCGUUCAAUCGCAAUCGAUCUACCAUCAAAAGCAGAAAAGUAACCAGCAAUUAGCUCGCCAAAAGAUGCAAGAAAGCAGUCCGAGCGAAUUAACGCCAAUCAUACAACAAAACCAUCCAGAUUUGGUUGUGAAUCAGGCAUGCCAGACACAAAUUCCCGAAACUAUUGCCAGCAAAUCAAAGUCGCAGACUGAGAGUCCAGUUCAUCAGUCUUUGGAGCGGAAGAAGAGCUCGGGAACGAUACAGAGUUUGAAGUCACCUGUCACAAAGCGGCCGGCCUCUGCACCAGUUACGCUUUCAGGCUGGUUGUACAAGCAAGGAUCCGAAGGCUUAAAAGUAUGGCGAAAACGCUGGUUCGUGCUGUCCGAGUAUUGUCUGUACUACUACAAAGGACCUGAAGAAGAAAAGCUCUUAGGCUCAAUUUUAUUACCGUCAUACCGAGUAGCCGCAUGCCUUCCAGAGGAUAAAAUUUACCGAAAAUUUGCAUUCAAAUGCGAACAUCAAAACAUGCGAACAUAUUGGCUGUCGGCUGAAACAUCAGAAAUUAUGGGUCAUUGGAUCAGAGCCUUAACUGCUGCAACGGUAAUGCAAAGUAGCAGUGAAUCAUCCGAUCAUGUAUCGCAGCCGAGUUUCUCUUCACUGAAUCCAAGUGGUGAAAACAGUGAUUCAGGCAUUCUUACAUACCAAUCGCAACAAAGCAAAAUCAGUGCAUUGCAAUCACAUGGUCCAGUCACGCCUGCCAUGGAUACGGGAGGUCCGCUGUACGCGAAUGCUCCACCGAAGCCAAGGCGAGCUAAUGAUGGUGGCUAUUCUUCGCCCAGUCCCGAAAAUUCAAUUGAUCGAUACGAGCCCAGCUUUGAUAAGAACAAAUAUUUCGAUUCGACUGCUCAGCCUCAAUCGUAUCAUCCGCAGCACAUGCUAAAUUCGCCAAUAUCACAAACACAUUUGAACGAACCGAUCUAUGGAUCACAGCAUCUGAACAAGUCGAAUAGUAUGCAAAAUCAUAAAUUCAAAAACAACUGGGAAACAUCCAAUUCGAACCAAAUAAAAUCUCCAUACGGACAAGACAUGCAGCAACAAGACCUGCAAAAUUUGCUAUCAUUCUCAUCGGAAUUGUACCAGAGUAAUCGUGACAAUAUAAUACGGGCACCGCACCGGUUCGAAGAUUAUGGCAGGAAGCAUUUCAAUGAACAGAACGAUGUCGAUACAUACGGUAUGCAACCGUUACUCAACAGCCGGCAAAAGUACGAACUACAAAUGGAAAUGAAUAAUUCGGAACGAAGGACACCUGAUACUUAUGGUCGUUCGCGAAUCGAUCAAAUCAACCGGAAUCUCAUGGACUAUGAAGACAUUUACAAUUUGAAUUCGCAGCCAGAUAUGAAUGUGUACAGACGGCCGACUAGUCCGCCAUCACAUAAAAAUUUACAGACUUUACAACAUCUGCAAGGAUCAAGCCAACGAGCGGUUCCGAGUAAAUUGGAGCAAAAGCAAAACGUACGGAUGCGUCGACCCGUACAGUCAAUUCCUAGACCACAUUCGGCCGAUUUUCUCGAAUAUGAGACAAGAAUGGAAAGCGCCAAUAACCCUGUUCCCGAAAUGAUGCGAGCUCCACGUCCAAAGUCUAGUCUUGAUAUCAAUAGAACACCAGAUAACUUUUAUUAUUCGGAAGCGAGUUAUGCAGAAAAAAUGAGACAAAGUGCGCUAUACCUUCAAAAGACACCGAGUGGUUUGUAUGGCAAGGACAAGCAUUCGGAAGUAUUGAAACAGUCGAAUUCAAGAGGUGAUAUAAGCGGUCACAACAUGGGCUAUAACACGAUACCAGGCGAAAGUGGUUUCGUCAUGCAUUCCGAUUCAAAGCAUAACAAUUCUCACACACCACGAAAUCAUCGAAGUUACAACAAAAACGUUAAUUUACAAAACGAACAAUUUCUGCGGUCAGCUAGUGUCCGAUUACCGCGCAAAGCUGAUGACACCGGUAUGCGAGACAGCGAACAGAAACGUGAAGAGUCGAUGAAACGUUUGCUGGAGUGGAAACAGCGUAUGCUUCAAUCACCAUUGACUCGGAAAGGUGUACCCAUAUCAUUAGCGAUGGAUGCUAAAACACCAUUAUCGGUUAAGACAGCAAAUAUUACACAAGGAAUACAGCGCAGUCGAUCAGCAACGAAUGCAAAUAAUGCCGGUUACAAUAGCUACUCGUCAGAUGAUGAAGCUUCAAUAUCCGUUCAAAAUGUACGCAACGUACACAAUUCACACAUUAAUCUAAGACCGGACUAUACGUACGAAGCGCAACUAUCAACAAAGAACAAACACCAUACAGAUUACAGUGCCGACAUUUAUUCGGAUAAAUUUGGUCGAAAUCGCAAAACACAUAGCCAUCAGGAACCAGAUCCACCGGAAAGGAAUUUCCAAAAUAUUGCUGCAAUCCGAAAUAUGGACAUGUCUGCUGGAGAUUUGCUUAGUCGGACACACGAAGAAUUAGUGUUGUUGUUAAUUCAACUACGACGCCAAAAUUGUGCUACAGCUAGAUCGAUUGAACAAUGUUGCACAGAUAUUCACGAAGUACAGAACCGAAUUCGCACAUGCGAGACAGACAGAGACAGAUCGGAAAAUCUAGCCCGAUUAGACAGUUUGAAACAGCAUCUGGUUGACUUUGAAAAGCAAUACGAGAAAAGUAAGCCACUGGUGAAUCUGGUGGACAACAUGGUGAAACUGGGCUCUCUAUACCGAAAUGGCUCUUCGCAAAAUAUUCCGUAUUCUCACGAAUCGGUCACACUUGAUCGGUUGGAAUUCAAUCAGCGCAUGCAAGAAAAACGAUUAUUGCAGGAAGAUCAGAAGUACUGGGAUCGAUUGAGUCCAAAUCACAACGAACUGCAGACAAAGGUUCAGCAACUGUACCAACUGGAUCAACUAUUACAAGAAGAAUCCGGCACGCUGCAGAAUCUGCAACGAGAUAAAGAAGAUUUGGAACGAUCGUUGGGAAAUCUUCGAAAUAAGUUGCAGCACGGUGGCGGAACCCCAUAUGCAAUGGAAGUUGCCCGGAAACAGCAGCAUGAUUUAGAGCGAGAGCUGUCACGAGUUCAUCAACUUUUGGCGGAAAAUUCGAAGAAAUUAGAGCAAACAGUAGCCGGAAAUGCUAAGCUGGAAAAAGAUCUUUUAGUAUUGCGACAAAAACUCCAAGCAACUAAAGAAUCUAGAGGAUCACAAUCCGCCCUAGGUAGUCAAGAAGCAACCGAUAGUAUUCCCUAUGUAGGUGGCGCCACAGCUAUGCUAGAAUCGGAAUUGAGGCGAGUGCAGCAACUUGUUGGCGAUAUGCAGAGGCAACGUCAUGACUUAAGUCAGGCAGUGCGUCAAUUGACCGAAAAUUCUAACACUUUGAAUCAACAAAUAAAACCAGCAGACCAUUCAUCACAGUCAAAGAAAAGAAAUUUAAGCACAAGUUGGACCGAGACAGAUCUGGACUCCAUGAUUAGUACCGAUCACCAGCUUUCGUCGUCAAUUGAUAAUAUUUCGAUUAAUACACAAGAUCUAAGCGCAUCGACCUACUUGAAUAACCGUUCAGGCAACUUAAGUAGUCUAAACUGUUCAACCUCCGAUAACAGCGACUUUAUGUACAACAAAUUGAUGGGCAGUCAUAAAGCACAUGAAUUCGAUGCAAUCGAAUGCAGUGAAGUGGAGAACGACGACUUUUCGGAAGGCAAUCUACACAAUCAGGACAAACAAGAAAUCAAAACUGUUCGGAUUGUAAAACGUGAAUCGGAGCGCCGGCAUCGUGACAGAGAGCGAACUAAUGCAAAUUCAAGCAUCAACCUCGAUCAUGUAGUGGAAGAGGACAUCCUGAACACCGAAUUUAACCGAUCAAAAUCGCUACCCCGAACCUAUUUGGACAAACAUGAUCUGUAUGCGUCCCAGCUGACCGACAAAAAACUCAAAUCACCAAAAUCUGUACAGCAUCUGCCAACUACAUCUGCCUUUUCACCGAAUUCUGUGAAUUCAAUGAAUUACAACGAUUACUACAACAGUUUGACCGCUCAAUAUCCAAUGUCGACGACGGAAAUCAAGGACAAACCGGAAGGAAUCAAUGUCGACCACUACCUAAACAAUUCCAUCGCAUCGACCACCCCAUACACGAGUCAAAAUCCGAAGAAUCCGUUUCUGACCAAUCUAACGACAUCCCAAAAAACGGAUUCCAUUCAAAGUUUGAACAAAGCUAUUGGUGAUUUAAGUCCCGUUUUCCAAAGCGAAGCAGCUAGACAAAUAAUCACCGAAAUGUCCGGCACAUCAUCGGAAGAGAAUUCGAAAAAGAAUCCGUUAGCUAGCAAACAACGGCGUGCUAUACCGCGUGAGAAACGUCGACACUAUACCGCUCCAUCCAAUACGCUCGGCACCAAAUCAACCAAAUACGUCCAAUCGGAAAACGAUAUGAACAAAAAUAAUAUUAACUGGCGUGCAAGAGAUGAUUUGGACAUGGAAGUGGCACUCAGACCGCGAGUGAAUGCACCGGAUGUUGUACGAUCGGCAUUGGGUCAAUGUGAGAAAAUAUCGGAGAAUUCCAUUGAUAAGCUCUUUGCCGCCCCAAGCAAAAUAGUUAUUCCAGAACGAUACAUACCCGAACAGCCGCCAGAGUUGUCACCCGAAGAAAAGAAAAGACGUCAAGAGAAGGUGGAAGCAAUCAAGAAAAUGCUGUCGGAAAAUACAACAAAUGACUCCACAACCCUACCACCGAGUCAAAUAAGCGCUGAAAAGAAACAACGUGAACAUUUAUUGCAAUUAAACCAAAUAUUAGCUGAGCAAGUUAUGCAAAUGAGUAAAAUAGUUGCAGAACGGGCAAUGGCAUCUGUAUCCAAAAACACCGAAACAAAUAUUUUAUCAGAAGACGAUCUAACAUCACCUGUAACACCACUGCCAAUAUAUCAACAACGUGAUAAUUUCUUUUGCUAAAUGAAAACAAAAAAACCAGCCAUAUGUAAAAAAAAAACAAGUGAAAAUAAAACCAAACUGAACAUGAAAUGUAAUUUAUAUAUUAAACUCUCAAUUAUUAUAUCAAUUUGACAUAUACUCGAUUAAUGAAAAAUUCAUGAAAAAAAAUGGAAAGAUGGAAAGAAAAACACUGAUUUGUACAUACGAAAUAAGACAAAUUACAUACAAGAAGAAGGUUGUUUGUACAUUAAAAUUUAAAUUCUAAUUUCACUGAAUCAAUAUUAAUAAAGGAGGCAUCUUACUUCUUCAUAUCAUCCGAUAAGGAGUGUAAAAUAAUAAUUUAAGUUUUAAAUUGAAAAAAAUUGAUUUUUAAGGUAAUAAAACAGUAGGUUGAAAGAAUAUUAUGUACUUACACAAACAUAUCAAUUCUAUUAAGUUGUUGAGUCAGGUUUUUAUCACGUUAUCGUACUUAAUUUUACGAAAAAUAUUUUUAUUAUUUUGCUAAACAAAACGACCAAUGAUUAUAAAAAUAUCACCAAAAUAUAUCGUCGAUAAAAUUCAUGUAGACGUAAAGUGUAACCUCAAGCUCAGGAUGAGCGGCAAGAGUGUAAUGAAUUGAUUGUUUAUUACGAUUUCUUACAGUGCAGAUGACGAUUGUCAUAAGCCAGGGCCUUGUUUCGGGAAACUUUCUUUAAUUUUCUAAAAAAAAGUUUUUGGGAAAAUUUGGAAAAAUGAUGAAAAAUUUAGGACAAUUAAGAAAAGAAAUUUCCCCAGUCAUAGUCGCUUAGCUAGAACUUAAAACUUAAAAAAAAAGUUUUUAUUUGAAAAUGUGUCCGACAUGCAAGGUACCUAGCUUAGUUAGUCUUGAUAUCAAAAAGAGUAAUAGAUUACGACAGUGUACCAUGUAAUUUUUACACUGUUUCAGGUCAUGUCGUUCUACUACAAUUCUAAAUGCUUGCCUGAUGAAAUUAUUUUUUUUUAAACAUCUGAUAGAGGGAAGUGAGAGUAUGAGCCCUGUAUCAGUUGUUUAAAAACAUUUUUCCAAGUGUUGCUCAAAAUCAUGAAAGCUGAAAAUUUAUGACAUUGUCACUGAGGUGUGACUUUAGGUACACAAGAAUUGUUAUUCUUUUUGGUUAUUUAGUUUUAAAAUUCUUUUAAUUUUAUUUUUCUUCUUUGCAUCGUUUUCAAGAUUAUUCUUUUUUCCGUCCAAAGAUGAAAAUGAUUUUGAAUUUUGUCGUAAUAUCUCUGUGGUACAUAAUGAUGAAUAUAUUUUGAAGAAUAAUAUCAAAUAAAACGAAAAUUAUUUUACCUUUGAAAGCAUUCAAAUAUCAAACCAAUAAAUCACCUUAUCAUAAAAUAGAAUAUCGUAAAUUAAAUAAAAUUUAUGAAAGAUACGGUCCUUAAGUAUACAGAAAAAGUGGGAGGGAAUAAACUAGUAAAUUGUAUGGAUAGAACGGGAAUAGAAAGAAAUGGAAUUAUCGUUGAAAUAAAGUAAUAAUCUUGCCAAUUAUUAAAGUUAAAUUAAAUGAAAUUAAUUAAACAAAAUGAAAGAAAAUUCAAUUAGAAACUUGGUUUCACACCAAAAGGAGACGAAAAACAAAAAUCUUAUAUUAUAAUGCUGAAGCAAAAGUCAAUUUAACAAAAAAAAAACAAAAGAAUUUAUUUCUAUUUCGAAAUUAUAAUCUCUAUCUACAUUAUGCAUAUCGCACAAAACAUAUAAAUGAAAA